ACGUUACUCCGCAUCGACUCGCGGCUCAAGGCAGACGUGUUUUUUUCCGAGAACGACGACGCACACAUACGCUCGAGUGUGUGAGUAUGUAUGUUUUUAUGUGCAAGCGGACGCAUCUGUGAGCUCGGAGCGAUUGAAAAAAUAUAAACAAAUCGUUUCUCGCAGAGACUUUUUGUUCGCUCGCCGAGUCGGUGGUGUGUGUGCUGCGCGCGUAUCCGUCCUGGGAGUCCAUCCGUCAAAAAGUUUAUCAACAAUCAUAACCGAGUGUGUUAUCGAAAUUUCGUUUCCUCGUUACGAUUGCAUUAUCAUUAUUGUUACAAUACGAUGACCGAGUUGCGUCGCUUGUUUACGAUUUUUCGGCGGUGAAAAUUUUGUACACCGUACAUCCGCGACGAGGGAAUCGUUGAAGGAGCCCGCGAGUAGCGAAUGUGCGAUCGUUCGGGUCAUCAGUGCGUAUACCGGACGCGCGGCUGAUCUCCGAUUAUCUUUUUUGGUACACUAAUCAAUUGGCAGCAGGCAGUGAAAACCGAAUCAUGUCGUUGUUACCGCCGACCGUGGAGCAGCAGAGGCGAAUCGACGAGGAACUGCCGCCGGAUCCCGAGAUGCGGAGCAGGGACAUCGCCGCGAUACGCGAGUGGCUCGCCAAGCAGCCUCACCUGCCGGACCACAUGGAUGACAAGAGACUCGAGCACUUCCUGUUCGGCUGCAAGAACAGCGUGGAGCGAUGCAAAAAGAUCCUCGAGACCUACUUCAGCGCUCGCACGGCCCUGCCGGAAUUCUUCGCGGCGCGCGAUCCCCUCGCCCGGGACGUGCAGCAGAGCUGCGACGUUGUGGAGUACUUCGUACUGCCGAGAGUGACCGAUGACGGCUACCGCGUGACGAUACUGCGCCUGCACGACACGGCUCUGGAGAGAUUCUCCCUCACAGCGAUAACCCGACGCAUACUCAUGGUGCUGGACGUGCGUCUACAGGAGGAGCCGUCCCUGUCCAACAUCAUGAUUUUCGACCUGAAGGGAUUCACAGCGGGCCACUUUGCGAAAUGCAGUCCCACGCAGGCGAUCGUAAAGAAGGCCAUGCUCGCCACGCAGGACAGUAUGCCGUUCAGGCUGCACAGGGUCCACUACCUCAACGCGCCCGCCUUCAUCAACAGCAUACUCAACAUAUUUUAUCCGCUGCUGAAGGAGAAGCUCAUCACCAAGUUUCGAAUUCACACCGGUGGAGGCGAGGAGUUGCACGCCUACCUGGACAAGGACAUACUGCCGUGCGAGUGGGGCGGCAAAGCCGGCACCUUUCAAGAGCUCAACGAGGCGUGGAGACUGAAGAUCGAGAAGAAUCGCGACUGGUUCCUGCGCGAGGAGAAACUCAGCAAAACGAACGAGAGCGCCCGACUGCCCAGCAGCCGAUCGACCAUUCUGAAAGAGUUAGAGGGUGUGCAGGGAUCCUUUAGAAAAUUGAACAUCGAUUAGACGCGCGAUGACGUUUUCCAAUUUCGAGAGACUAAUCGGUGUCCAGAUAUCGAUAGCGAUGGAACGUAAAAUCACGUAGUAUUUUUUUUUUUAAUUUAUUUUAUUUCGAAGCAAUAACGCGACUAACGAGCGGUAAAUGAUAAUUCGUAGCUGUAGGCCAUUCAAAUUUAAAUCGAGUGGAAAAAGAAAUAAUAAUCAUGUAGAUCAUUAAUUUUGUUUAUUAAUAUAUUCUUUUGUACUUAGAAGUGUGGGAGAUUAUUUAUCAAGUAUUUUUCCAGCGUAUACCUAUAUUUCAAAAAAAUCUUAUAUUGUAAAUUAUAAAUCCAAAAAAAAAUAAAAAUCGAAAUUGCUACUCCAUUGAGACAGAAAUUUACGAGUAAUCUUAACGAUAACUUUACAUGCUUGAUUUAAUAAAAACAUUUGUAUAUCUUACCAUUAAAA